UUGACAUAUAUGACGUGGUCCGAGUUAACUAGAAAAUAUCUGUCUCCCAUUGCACUUUAUUUUCUUAUUUCUUAAAGAAAACUAUGAAAAAUUAGUAAAAUUACUUCAUAUUUUUUAUUUAAUGAAGUAUGCAUUUUGUGCGUAUAAUAUUAACGUAGAUAAAUUAAACAAUUUGAUAAGAGUAAACGUAGCAAACUAUGAUGAAUGAAGAGGCGACCUCAACGUCGUCCGGUGGCGGUAUCACAAAAGUUUUCACUCGAUUGUCACAGACAUACCAAUCGAUUCUAGAUAGAUGGACACCUCAUUCGCGGCUGCGUUGGGCUGGCGCUGGAUCCCUAGUCUUGCUGUUUUUGCUGAGGGUGUUCCUUAAACAGGGCUGGUACAUUGUUUGUUAUGCAUUGGGUAUAUAUCACUUGAACCUGUUUAUUGCUUUCCUUACGCCGAAGAUAGAUCCAGAAUUUGAUCCUUAUGGAGAUGACCAAGGUCCCGAAUUGCCAACAACAGUUAACGAAGAGUUCCGACCUUUCAUUCGACGAUUACCGGAAUUCAAAUUCUGGCUCUCGAUUACGAAAAGUACUCUAAUUGGUCUCACAUGUACGUUUUUUGAUUUCUUCAAUGUUCCCGUGUUUUGGCCCAUACUGGUCAUGUACUUUAUAACACUAUUCUGUAUAACAAUGAAACGACAAAUUAAGCAUAUGAUUAAAUACAAAUACUUACCAUUCACCCGCAACAAGCCACGUUACCAACGAGUAGGUGAGACAAAGUGACAAUUAGCCGCACAGACACCGCAAAACGACAAAAUAACAGCAUCGGUAAAGGAUAUUUCUCCGGUAGCUACACACAACCCAACUAUAACAACCCUAGCAGCAACAGAAACUAAUAAAUCAUCCUCUAUUGAUCCACCUCAAUUAAUUACAAUUAUUUAAACAAACAAAUUUAAUUUCUCGUUUUUGCUUCAGUUAUCUUUUCAUAAUUUUUUUCUUUAUAAUAUUUAAUUGAAACAAAAAAAAAAUAAUACGAAAACGAAAUUUAAAAUAAUUUGUUAAUACGCAUUUCGGUGGCCUUAACUUUAUAAUUGAACCAAAAAUAUGGACAAAGAAGAUUUUGUUUAAUUAUGCCUAUUUUUGUUUUCUUGUUAUUUUAUUAGUUUCUAUAAGUUGCUUGUGUUAUUAUGUGUAGAGUCGUUGCAGUGUCUUGUGCAAAAUAGUUUAAUCAAACUCCGGAACAAUAUAAUUUAAAUAUUAUUUUUUCCAUUGGUUUAUGUGAAAAAAACCAAAGUAAUAGUUAAUAGUUAAUUUUACAGUGAAAUGUUUACAAAAAAUAAACAUUUUGCAAUUUA